AGAAUUGGUAAACAUUAGGGCAAAAAAUUAGGGCAAACUUCAGAUUUCUCCAUCCUCUGGUUUUUUCGUUGUUGCAUUUCUCAAUCCGUCGUCGACUCCGGCCGCCUCCCUUCUGUCGUCACCUCCGGCUGCCAACCGUGCGUCGUCUUCUCCGAUAUCUGUAAUCGGUGUUCGUCGUCUACUACUUCGUAGCACCGGCGACAUCUCCUCCUCGCUAUCGCCGGCGUCUGCUUAUGCGAAACAAUGGGUUUACGACUAUUUGAUGGCAGUGAUACCGACAAUGAUGACUCAAAGAUAGAAAUUAAUCGGGAUUAUGCAAAAAAGUUCGAGCAUAAUAAGAAGCGAGAGGAUCUUCAGCGCUUAGAGGAGCUAAAGAAGAAGGGUCUAGUUGAAGACUCGGAAUCUGACAGCUCAGAAUCUGAAUUAUCUUCAUCGGAUGAAGAAGACAACAAAAAAUUUAUGAAGAAGGACAUGGAGUUCUUUAAUGCAUUAAUCAAGAUCAAGAAGCAGGAUCCAACUCUUAAACAGAAAGAUGUCAAGCUUUUUGAUUCGGAUGACAGCCAUGGCGAGGAAAGUGAUAAAGAUGGUUCAAUGGAGAAGAAGAAAAGGAGUAUGUAUUUGAAAGAUGUGGUAGCAAAACAUUUGAUGGAAGAGGGCCCUGAAUUCAAUAAUGAGGAAACUAAAAAUGUGAAGGUUUACGACAAGGAGCAAGAGGAGAUACGUAAGGCAUUCUUCGAGGCAGCAGAAGUGCAAGGUGAAGAUGACGAGGAAGGACUUUUGAAAGUGAAGGAGAGAGGUGUGGUGGAAGAGGAGAAGGAUGUUGAAUUUGAGAGGAAGUUGGAUGAGUAUUUUGGGGAUGGGGAUGACGAAUUGGACGAUAAUUCAAAGUUUUUGAAGGAGUAUUUUAAGAAUAAAUUGUGGCUUGGUGAAGAUCGAAAGGUUGGGGAGGAGGAGAUGGCCAUGUUGUCAGACGAUGAGGAGGAGAUUGAAAAACAAGAGGAAUAUGAAUACAGGUUUCAGGAAAAUGCAGGAGAUAGGAUUUUGGGGCAUAGUAGGACUAUUGAGGGGACAGUGAGGAAAAAGAAGAGUUCGAGGAAGGAGCAAAGGAAGAGUAAGGAAGAGAGGAUGGAGAUUGCAAGAAUAGAGAGGGAGGAGGAGUUGAAGCAUCUAAAAAAUUUGAAAAAGGAGGAGGUGAAGGAGAAGCUUAGGAAGAUUAGCGUGACAGCAGGAAUUGGGGAGGACGAGAUUUGCUUACUGGAUAUCAAAAAUUUAGAUGAGGAUUUUGAUCCAGAGGACUAUGACAAGAUGAUGAAGGUGGCUUUCGGAGAAGAAUAUUAUGAGAAAGAGGACGUUGAUCCCGAGUUUGGAAGUGAUAUGGAUGAUGAAGGUGACGGUGAGAUUGAGAAACCCGAUUUCGAUAAAGAGGAUGAGUUGCUUGGAUUACCAAAAGAGUGGGCCUCAUCUGGGUCAGGUGAUGGCUUCUUAGCAGCUAGGGAAAGGAGUUUAAAGCAUAAAAUAGAUAAUGAUCUAACUCAGGAGGAUAAUGAAAAAGAAGUUGAAGAACAUGUCAGUGAGGAAGAAAAAGGUAAGAGAAAGAGGAAGCGUAAAUUAUCUCUAUACCAGAAAGCUAAAGAAGCCAUGAUGGAGGAAUAUUAUAAGUUGGAUUACGAGGAUACAAUAGGAGACCUGAAGACGAGGUUCAAGUACGCCAAAAUACCACGUAAUCGUUACGGAUUGAGUACUGCUGAAAUCAUGGCAAUGGAUGACAAGGAGUUGAAUCAGUUUGUUUCUUUGAAAAAAUUGGCUCCUUACAAGGAAGAAUGGAAGAUACCAAAUAGUACCAGACAGCGCUUGAAAAUGAGGACCAAGGAGCUCCUUAACGGCGGGCCAUCUGGUGACCGGAAAGGCAGCAUGAAGAGAAGGAAGAACAGCUCCGAUACACACACUUCGGAUGACAAUGAGAAUGAGAAAACACAAAUUGAGGAUUCAAGUGGUGAUAAGGGCAAUUUAUCUAGAAAAGCCAGGAGAAAACUACGACGAGCGGAAUUUAAACUGUCACACUCUAGACUCCUGGCCUAUGGCAAGAUAACCUCAAAAUCCAAGAAGAAAACAAAACACUGAUCAUUGGAAAUCAAUUCAUGGGUCGUUAGCAGGUGAUUCUUCUUUGUCAGUCUUUGAUGAGCUAGCUUCUGUGCUUUCAUUUCUUUUUUCUUUCUUCCUCAUUGUGGUCUUGUCCCAACAUUUUGUAAUGGUGUAUCUUAAUGAUGAAUAUCAAAAGAAAAUAUAGGAAACAGAGUAAUACUGGUUGAUUCUAUGUUUGACCUUCAGAUUUUGGCCUAAUGUUCUGCCUUUUUUCCCAUU